AUGUCACAAGGACAAGAACCACAGGAGCUUCCUGAGAGCGUUCAGCGCCUCGAUGUCAAAAAUCUCGCCUCAAUUGAUAAAAAGGAAGUUGACUCUUUCGACGAGUCGCAGUAUGACUUCGAUUCCGCUGAAUUCAAGGACAUACCUGAGCUGGUGCGGACGGUCGUUGGCUUUGAGGACGACCCAUCACUUCCAGUCUUGACCUUCCGCUCGAUUCUUCUAUCAGCACUAUUUUGCACAAUUGGUAGUAUUGUUUCUCAAUUAUCCUACUUUCGAACAACAUACGCUCCGUUUCCAGUAUUCUUUGUGAUUUUAGCGUCUGACCCCCUCGGUCGAUUCAUGGCACGUGUCCUGCCUGCCUAUAGGGUGCCAUUGGGAAGAUUUUCGUUCUCUUUAAAUCCGGGCCCUUGGUCGACCAAGGAGCACGCAAUUGUUGGCAUUGCCGCCAAUGCUGGAAGUCAGGGUCAAUGGGCUACCUUUUUGCCUACAAAUGCUGCAUUAUACUACAAUAUCACUAUGAACCCGGCAGUUGCUUUAUUUUUUGGAUGGGGUUGUUCUUUGCUUGGAUUUGCAUUUGCUGCAAUGGUUCGCGGAGUCCUAAUUGAUGAUCCUGAAUUCAUAUUUCCUCUGUCCUUACAACAAGUGACCUUAUACCGAAGCAUGGAUGCCAAGAAUAGACCUGACCAGACAAGAGCGCGGGAGCAGGUUAAGGUAUUUUGGAUACUACUCCUGGCUACAUUUGUUUGGCAAUUCCUGCCGGAAUACAUCUUUCCCUUUGUAGCAUCUCUGGCUCCUCUUUGUUGGUUUGCUAGUCGCAAUCAUACUGUCAACUUUAUCGGAGCUGGGCGCGGUGGCAUGGGAUUGCUAAACAUAACUCUUGAUUGGUCCAACAUCACUUCGGUGGUUAUCACAUAUCCCUACAGUGUACAAGUGAUUAUCUUCUUGACAUUUGUUUUGACGUGUUGGAUCUUGAUUCCUAUUGCGUAUUUCGGGAACCUUUGGGGGUCACCGACUUAUAACAUUAUGUCCAACGGGGUAUUCAUGAAGAAUGGAACAGUAUAUCCGUUCAAUGAUCUGAUCUACCUUGAUUCUAACGGCAUGCAACACUUUAACGAGACAAAAUACGAUGAAGUGGGCCUUGCCUACUCGGGGGCUCAGUAUACGUGGCAGAUGUUUAUGUGGGUGGCCUCGUAUAUGUCGUCUUUCGCUUGGUGCGGUCUGUUUCUAGGCCCGAAGAUAUACCGAAUGUGGAAAGCCAGAAAGCAAUCAGGAGCCUAUUAUCAGGAUAGAUUGAGCCGUAUCAUCCACCGGUACCCCAGUAUCACGAAGUGGGAAUGGGUUGCACUUACUCUGGUACCAACCCUAAUGCUUCUUGGUGUCGUUGUUUCCAAGACAAUCUACAUGCCGAUCUGGACGUACUUCGUGGCAUUAGGUUUCGGUGCAGUAUCAAUGUUACCGAUGAGCUUCGUAUAUGCCAUAUCGGGCUUCUCCAUAAAGGUCGGCUACUUCAACGAGCUUAUUUAUGGAUAUAUGAUUGAUGUGAAGGGUUCAUCACGUCAUCCUUUGGGCCAACUUGCUUAUCGAAUUAUCUCUGGAAAUGUAUGGUACGAUGCUCGUAUAGUUCUAGAAGAUCAAAAGAUUGGGCAUUACCUUCACUUACCUCCACGACAAGUCAUUGGAAUCCAAGUUAUUGCCAACAUGCUUGCACUUCCCAUAAACUAUGGCGUGAUGCGCUGGGUCAUAGCCACCAAAUUCGACUACGUCAGCGGCAAAAAGAAAGACCCCCUCGGUCAGUGGACCGGUCAAGAUUUCCAGUCAUACAACACAGCCGGCAUCCAGUAUGCUCUCGUUGGCCCUCGUAAGCUCUUCGCUUCGGACUUCUUCAGACCCAUCCUCUGGGGUUUCCUUGCAGGUGCACUUGCUCCCUUUGUAAUAUGGCUACUGCACAAAAAGUUCCCUCGUGCUCGUUUCGAUCUGUGGAAUACGACUAUAUUCUUCGCAUCGGCAGCAGUUUUCUAUGGUAACCUCAGUACUGGGCCGUUCACAACCUUUCUCGUCGGCACUUUUACCAACUUCUUUCUCUAUCGUUAUAGGAGGGUUUUCUGGAAUAAGUGGGCCUAUAUCAGUGGUGCAGCAUUGGACACUGGGUUCAACGCGAAUCUAUUGUUUAUCUUUAUCUUUUUGGGGACAACCGGUGCCAAGAUGGUGCAUUGGUGGGGUAACAACGCUGAUAGUGUUGAGAGAUGCUUUGCCUUAAAGUGA